AUGAAUUCUUUGAUUGACUGUCAACGUCUAUAUCAAAUGAUGUCAUUAUCAAAUAUUACAAUCUUCAGAGGUUGCACUACAGUAAAGAGAUUGGUUCUUUUACAAUCCGAAAAUACCCAGAUCACCAAUAUCCCAUUCGGAACAGAAGAAUUGUAUAUCAAUUGUGAACAAGAAAAUACAACUGCAAAGAUACAAUUUAACUUUAAUAAUGCAAUACCAUCAUCAGUUAGAGAAUUAGGGAUCAACACAAUUGUAAUGCUAAACCCAAGAAUAGUUCCAAGUUCAGUGGAGUCAUUUGUUCAUUGGAGUAACGAACGUAUAUUCAAUUUUCCUGCACAUCUCAUUCCAGAUUCAAUUCAGGACUUCACUUGUUACUCAGUGUGUAUUCCACUCAAAAUAAAGAACAUUUAUAUAUCCACAAAAAACAAAUGUUCAAUUCGAAAGCUUGAUGAACAAUAUUAUCUUAUGGUUGGUCAUCCAAUUCAACGUUUCAUUGCAACGAUAUUUCACAAAUCAGAGAUUGUCAAACAUACUUUAAUGGAAAGAAUUCAAAGCCCAAAAUAA